AUGGCACCAGUCGAUCCAGAGCUUGCCGACGCACUGAGAGCAUGGGGUGCCGAAGGCGAAGACGAUUGGAAAGUCGACAUCCCUCGACCAGGCAGUGCGGGCGAGAUCGCGUCCUCAAGGCCAAAUAGAACUGCUCCUGUCGGUGGUUGGUGUUCCAUCAAUUCACCUGCUUCGCAACCUUCGUUGCAAGCUGGUUGCCAGCUCUUCCAAAGACCUCAGAGCGAACAAGGCACACGGCGUGAGAAGACCGUGAGUCAGCGAUUCUCAGCUGAUGAGCUGCAAUGCUUCAAAACACGAUAUCUUCCAUCCACUGAGUUUGAGCAGAAGUCCCAAGUUUAUUGGCAAACGUUCGGUGAACUACGCCAGAAUCUGUCAGAGGACAACUGGCACCUCUUGCCAGUGUCCAAGGGCCAGUUCUACCAGCAUUCCCGAUUCAAAGAAAGCUUGGGCGGGCCCACAGAAGCCGAAAAAGCUCGGGCCCUUGAGAGGGCGCAGCGCCUUCUUGCCGAGAAGAAAAAAGUUGAAGAAGUUCAGCCAUUGGCCACAGAAGCCUUCGUAGGAGAUGUCUUGAAUCGCAUCUUCCCACGGAACCCGAAUGCCAAGAAGGAAGAGGUCGGUAGGGCCAGCCGGCACGGUCGGCGCCAAUCGAUGGCCACUUUUCACCUUGGUGGUAGACGAGCUUCUCUCAUUGGGCCUUCGAAGCCCAUGAAGGAGUCUGCCAGUGCACCCAAUUUCAAGACGAAGCCUUCACAGCCCGCAUCCAUCCGAAGUCCGUUGUCACCUCUCCUUACCAGUGCCGUUGUCAAUCCGAUUGGCGCCCGAGGGGCGAUGGAGGAGUUUCGUCGGGCAAUACUGGAGAAGUUCAGCACGGUCAAGGAAGCUUUUGAGACCUUCAUGAAGGAUUUGCCUGACAGGCAGAUCACGAAGCUCGAGCUGUCUCGGACCCUCGCUCGCUAUGGUUUCGAGUGGCCAACAAAGGAGGUCCGCGACACCAUCUUUGAUCGACUGGACUUCAAGUCGAUUGGCCGAGUGACCAUGGUAGGCUUCUAUGUGAUUGUGGAGGCCUCCGCCCCUGUCCGAAGCGUCGAAGAUUUGCGGAGGAGGUGGCUGGCUAGUCAGUUUGGCUCCAUGCAUCAAGCCAUCAUGGCCAUGGUGGAGAACUCGACGCAUGCACUCUCGCACAGGCUGACACUCCAGGAGUUCGGUGAGCGAUUGCUUCGAGUCAAUGUGACAGACCCUGAAGAGCACUUGGCCCUCUUCAAGUCCCUGUGCUACACCGAAAAGAACAAAGACAACAAAGAGAACAAAGUGACUGGAGCGAGUCGGGAGAGUCAACAAGGUCCACAAAGUCAACGAGUGAGUAUCGGGGAGCUGGCCAGCGCCGUGGCUGUGGUCUCCCCUUGCCUGCUCCUGGAGGAUCUGCGCGAUCGCUUGCACAAGAGGUACAACGGGGACUUCAGGAAAGCGUUCGCUGAUCUGGACAUGGAUCGAAGCGGGUGCAUCGAUCAACAUGAGUUUGUGGUAAAGGCGAUGGACCGCCUGAACCUUACAGAACUUGAGGCUCGGAAGAUGUUCCGUGAGAUUGACGUGGAUGGAUCUUUGGAGAUCUCCCGGAACGAGUUUGUCUGCGCGAUUGGCUUAUCAGAGCCCUCGCUGUUCCUGGAGGACCUUCGAAAAAAGGUGAGGCAACGUUUCCGCAGCUUUAAGGCCCAGUUCGCCAAUGCCUUCCAUGACAGCGCCUUGAACGAGUGCGAGUCUGCGCCACGACUCAGCCUGAGCAAUUUCCAAGAGUUGCUGUUGCCCCUGAGCAUGAGCGAGAAGGAGACAAAGGUUCUCUUCAACUUAAUAGAUAUUGACCACGAUGGCCACUUGUCCGUACGCGAGUUCGUGAGGGGGGUCCGACACUUCUCACCUUCAGCAGUUCUCGAGGACUUACGCGUAAUCUGCUGCCAGCAGCACGAGCAAAUCACGGAUGCGUUUGUUGGCCUGGAUUGCUUGAAGGUGAUGGAUGGCAAGGCCUUUCUUCAGCAGCUGGUUGAAAUCGGAUUAUGCGACAAGGACAACUCCGCGGAGCUGGCGGCGGGAGUCCCGGCUCAGGCGCUUUUUGACAUCUUAGACGUGGCCAACAAUGGCGAGGCCACCAUCGGGAGACUCCUGGCAGCGCUCCAGUCUUGCGGCGCAGGGACGACUGCGCGUCUCUCAGCCGAAGACCUGGACAUGCGGGCCAGAAAUGAUGUGAAGAACGAUCUGGCUCCCAUGCACAAACUCGUGACGGACUUGAAGUUGCAGGCACGCCAAGGCAUGAAGUACAGUGAAGAGGAGAAUCAAGAGAUGGUUGUGGAUGAGAAGGCCAGCACACGCAUCUUUGAUGCGAUGCUCGAACAGCUGGACCGUCCAGAGCUGAACUCCGCAUCCUCCCCGGUUGAAGGCGGACAGAGUGAGCAGAACACGAAGAGGGGCCCACCCAGGCUCAGGACCCUCCUCUACGAGGAUGUCCUGAAACAGUACACCUACAAGACCACGAAGAGCCAAAACAAAGCGGCGAACCCACCCAUGGCAGGCGGGACGAAGACGGGCAAGGCCCGCGACAGCGUCGCCAAGCCUGCCAAGCGUCCCAUCCACAAUGCCUCAAACGGGACUCAAGAUAGUUGGCUGCGCAUGUGGGCCAACUUGAAGACGAGCCCAAAGAAACCCGAGCGGCAAACUCUUGAAGCCGACCUGCAGUCGUAUUAUCAGACUGCUGCCUGGAAGCUUUCUCACGAUGGACCUCUGCUGCAUGGGAUCGAGCAGAGACUUACUCAGGACCCAUUCUUGGGCAAACGCCCACCAGAAUUUCCAAGCUAG